CUUCGAAUGGUAAAAACAGUUCAAACAGGACAUAUCAAACAGAUCAUGCAGAUCAAGCAGGACAAGUGCAGAUCAAGCGGGACAAGUACAGAUCAAGCGGAUCAUGCAGAAGAGAACCAGAUCAAAUAAUUUAUUAUAACUUAUGAAUGACAAAAUCAGUUCAAAACUAUAGAUCAUAUAUUAAAACAAUAAAAAUGACACUUAGAUAUCUAAACAAAUAUCUUAGAUGUUAUAGGAUUGGCCGAAAUGCCUGUAAAUGUUUUAUAAGAUACUUAUACUUCUUUUAUUUUCUUAUUUAUAAAAAUUAAAAAUUAUAUGACAAAUAAUAAGUAGAGAAUGAUAAUUUUGUAUUGUUAAAGUUGUAAAUAAAAUAAAAUAAAAAUAUUUUAUUCAUAAAACUAGAUAAAUAUAUUUUUAAAGUUAAGUGUUGUAACAAAGUUAUUUAUUGACCAAACCAAAAAAAAAGCAGAUCAACACCACCAAAUGUUGGCGGGUGAGAUAUAUGCAUGCAGAUCUCCUGCUUUUUCUACAAGAAGACAAAAAAUAUUGAACUGCAUGCAGAUCUCCCGCUUGAACUACUUUUGCAAACAGAAAAAAAUGAAUAGUGAUUACAGUGCGGAAAAACUGCAUGUGCAGGAGAACUGCACUUGUCCCGCUCCUCAAUUCGGACACUAAAAGCAGAAAUAAAUUUUACUAAAAAAGCAGGGAGGGAAGGCUUGACUUUUUUUUUGUCAUCUUAUUUUGAUUAAUAGUGUAAAACAAAGAAUGUCAAAUUUAAAAGUUUAUCUUAUAUGGAAAAGGUAUUUUGUUUAAUUCAUAAAAUUUCAUUUAUAAUUGUAAAAGUAAUUGGAUAAGAAAAUGAGGUAAAGUUGUGGGAAUUAUUGAGAAAAAAACAUAUAUAAGUGUUGGAUGGUGUAAAUAGAUGGCAACGUGUCAGAGAAAGUAAAAUAAAGAAAAAAGUAAUUAAACGUCACUUUGGUGUAGACUCAUCAGCGUCGGUUCGAAUCAGUUGAACCAAUCUUGAAACUUACCAAUCAAACACACUAUUAGAACGCCGCUUUGCUUCCAUAAUCACCGGUUCGACUCUGUUCUCCGAUGAUGAGACCGUCGAGAGACGCCAUUCAGUCUUACAUGAGCAUCACCGGCGCCGACGAGUCACUCGCCAUUCAGAGUCUUGAGGAACAUAGCAAUAAUCUCACUGAAGCCAUCAAUGCUCACUUCAGGGAUGUGGAGAGAAGCAUUCUUGAUCCAAGCUCAGACACUCGUCCACAAUACAAUGCUGUGGAAGAUAACAGUCAUCAUGUUCGUAGUGGUGGUGCUGGUAGCGAGUCUAGGCCAGUUCCAGGCGGACUUCCAUCUCUCCUCUCUGCUGCUCGCUCUUUUAGACCCUCGUUGCUUCUAGAUCCCAACUACAGGAGAAGUCUGCUUAGGCAGCUCAGUGGCUCUGCUUCUUCUCCUCCUCCAUCAUCUCACACGGGAGAAGUCACAGGGUUCCCUGCUAGCUCUACCUGGGGUGCUGCUAAUGAUCAGAUUCGUCCUCCUGGACUUGGAGAUGUCGGAGGAGACGGUUAUGCUAGACAUUCACCUAGCUACGGAUCCCAAGUCUAUGGUGGAACAACACAUAGGGAUGCUGAAUCACCUGUCUAUGGGAACGAUGCGGAAGAAGAAAUGAUCAGAGCUGCCAUCGAGGCUUCAAAGAAGGAUUUUGAAGAGGGGACUCGUCACAAUGUUCCAUCUAGCGUUUUAUCUUCAAGAGAGGCUAUUAACAAGGAGGACGAGGACAUUGCCCGUGCAAUUUCUAUGUCAAUAGAGAUGGAAGAGCAAGAGAGUGUAAUGCGAGAGCAACUAGCUGAACUUAUGCCUCACUCCGUAGAGCAAUCUAAUACACAUGAAAGUAGCAGAUAUAAGCCCGGGAGCUCUACAUUACAAGAAAAGCGCGAAGAUAUUAAACAAAAGCAGCCAAUUGAUGUAAGCUCUCAGCACGGACAUGAAGCUUCUUAUCCUGAAGAGUGGGGUGGCAUUCCGUCAAAAGAGCUACAGGAGGCAAUAAUGCUGGAAAAGGCACUCUUUAGUGGAGUAGCUAGAGAAAAUACUUCACAUAAUAAUCUGCCUGGAACUCACACGGAGUCACAGUCUGCUGAUAAGAGGGCCAUUGGAGAGGAAGCUGAGAGAUCUUCCAUUACGAAGAAGGAAGCACUUCCCAUAGAGCCAUCAGUGGAUAAUGAAGAUGCCAUCACUCUACUUGUUAGAAUGCCAGAUAGCAGCCGUCAUGGUCGUCGCUUUCUCAAAUCAGACAAGCUUAAGUACCUAUUUGACUUCAUAGAUGCUGCUGGACUAGUCAAACCAGGCACAUAUAGAGUGAUUAGAGCAUAUCCUCGACGUGCAUUCAGCCUUCAAGACGGUGCCUUAACCUUUGAGGAACUGAGUCUCACCAACAAGCAAGAAGCGUUGUUUCUGGAACUACUGAUAUAGUAGUAGCAAUGUGUACCUCUGAGAUGAUGAUAGCAGAAACUAGUUGAGUUCAAUGUACUGUAAGCCUUUAACCGCUUUCGUAGCUUUAGACCCAACGCAUGGUUACACACAUUGUUGUAAACUCUCAUAUGUUUUUGCUAAUGUUGAAUCUCCGGUUUGAAACA